GGUGCCCGCAGCAGCCCCCUCUUCCUGCAGUGCCAGUACUCGCUGGGCUGCGGGGUGUCCUGCGCCCUCAGUUUCCUGCUGGAGGGGGCCCCCCACAGCACCUGCAACCUGGCGCUGGCCGCGGGGCUAGCGGGGCUGCUGGCCGCCCAGGCCCAGCGCCUGGCCCGGCACGUCUGCACCCUCUACGAGCUGCACAGCCGCGCACGCUACUGCGGCGUCUGCAUCCUGCUGCUGGCUUCGGGCCACGGCAUCCCCCGGCUGCUCCGCACCGCGCUGGAGGGGGACCUGGCGGCCGUGGCGCUCAUCAACCGCGACUUCCUCUCCGCCGCCGAGGCCGUUCGCUUCUGGACGCCGCUCACCAUCUGCUACACACUGCUGGUCAUCUACAUGCAGGAGGAGCCGCAGUCAGGCGGUGGCAGGCAGGGGGCUCACCGGACGGCGCUGGUGCGGAUGGGCGGCCUCCUGGUCCUGCUCCUGGCCAUUGGGCGCUGGAGCGACGUCCUCCACGUCCUCAUCUCGCUGCUGGCCGAGCUCUGGUGCCUGCACCGUGCCCGUGCCAUGCUGGACGCGUGCCGGCAGCAGGAUUUCACCCAGCAGCCGCGGUUGGUGUCGGGAGUGGAGGAGACGUCGUGA